UUAAAACUCUCUUCAAGGCCUGUUUUUUUGAACAGGAUCAUCAUGGCAAUGUCAUUGGCAGGAUCCACAUCAAACGCCUCUCCUCUUCGAGCGUCGGGCUCUAUAUCUAGCCUUGAUCUGGAAAGCGAAGUAUCAUGGGGCGACGAAAGAAAACGCCCUUUCUUUCCCCCGCCAGAUGAGGACAUAUUCCCUACCGAGCAAGCCUUUUUGGACAGUCUGAUUCCUGUGCCUUUAGAGACUGUUGAGUAUGACAAAAGAGAAUGUGCAUUCUGCCAAACACGUUAUGGGGAGACCCCAGAUUCAAGAUCGGGUACCCCAGAGAUGCCAGUCAGAUUACGGUGCGCUCAUGUCUUUGGCGAACAGUGCGCACGUAGACAUUUCGGUCAACGCUUAAUCAUCGAGUUCAAUCUCCGCCCCAUAGAAUUUCACCCAGGAACCAGAGGCAACGUCUUGAUCUCGAAUCUAUAUCGCUACGUUGUAGAAAUGAACCAAUACCUGGGCGACUUCGACCUCUUUAAAGGCCUCCUCGACAAUCUCUAUGACACCGGACGCCUAAAUCGGUUUUUUGGGCCAUAG